CCCUUGAGGUUAAAAGCAGAAGGAAUGACAAAGGUGUGACUGUGUGUGAUAGACAGGUGUCCAGACCUGAGCUGCUGUGAGGAUUUUACCUUUAAAACCCAGGAACAGAGCUGUCUCCAGAGGUGAGAGUCCAAAAUGAGCUCCUACUCAACUUCCAAGACCAAAGCGCUCGAGGACAACAAGAAGAAAACCUCUCUGCUGAAGGACAACAGCUGGAUCCGAAAAAAUGAUGACGAAGACGAGCCCGUCGACCAAGACCCAAACUUUGCUAAAAGUGUCUUGAGUCGAGUGAAUAACACUGAUACCACUGACAGUAGCUCAGAACCCAAGCCAACAAGAACAACUAAAACAAGUUCAACCUCAUCGGUUCAAGCUCUCUCCAAGAGGUUCAGUGGAAGCACAGAUGACCUGAAAACCAUGACACCGUCUUACUACUCAAAAAGAACUUCCGGUGGGAAGGCAGAUACGUCCAGCACGGAGAAAAAAGCCACAACGGUGACUAAGGAUGGGACAACUGAGACCACCGUCACCACCACCCAAAGUGUCAAGUCUCCUGUGACCAAAUCACCCACUAAAACUGAGACGUUCAUGGAGCGAGUCAAAUCCUCAAGCAAAGAGUCACAGUACUCAAGCUACUCACCUACCAAGACAACAAAACCGACUAUUACCACCACUAAAGAGGCAGAGGACCAACUUUACAACUCACUGACCCCCUCACCUUUGAAGGAUGACUCACCAACUAAAGACAGCAAAACCACUGUGGUGGUGAAAAGUAGCAGUGAUGCGAUUGCUGAGGACAAACUCUAUGACACACUGAUUCCCAGUGCUAUUAAGAAUGGAGACAGCAAAAAAACAACUGUGUCCAGCAGUGAGACUGUGACGGUGAAGAGCUCCAAAGAGGCAGAGGACCAACUUUACAACUCACUGACCCCCUCACCUUUGAAGGAUGACUCACCAACUAAAGACAGCAAAACAACUGUGACCACAACUAAGACUGUGGUGGUGAAAAGUAGCAGUGAUGCGAUUGCUGAGGACAAACUCUAUGACACACUGAUUCCCAGUGCUAUUAAGAAUGGAGACAGCAAAAAAACAACUGUGUCCAGCAGUGAGACUGUGACGGUGAAGAGCUCCAACACUGUAGAUGACACCAAAACACCAAAAGUCACUGUAAAGUCCUCAUCAACGCCCAAGGAUGACCUCUAUGACACCUUCCUGCCUAAAGCCGUCACAUCUCCUGUCAGUUCAAGCAAAACGGAGAAGGACAUUACCACAGUAAACACCAAAAAAGAAGACAAAACCCCAUCAACACCAUCGUCCACGCGCAGUGUCAGCUACGGCUCAUACAGUGACGAUACUCCCUACUCUCCCACCAGCUCAUACAAUAACUAUAAAACCUACUCCUACUCCAGACCAGACUCCAGCUAUGAGUAUAGCAGCCUCAACAGCCCCUCUCUCUACAGCUCCACGUCAUACUCUUCCACGAAGAGUGGUUAUCAGUCCCCUGACAGGCCUGUGCUGGAGAAGGACCUGUGCACCACCUGCCGAAAACCCUUCACUGGAGACGCCAAGAUGGUCCUAGACGACAUGAAGAUCAAAUGCCACGCCACCUGCUUCAAAUGUGAUGUCUGCAACAGCUCUCUGGGCUACAUGAAAGCUGGGGACAGCAUGUGGAUCUACAAGCGCAAGGUGCACUGCGAAAACUGCUUCGAGAGCACCAGAGCAAAAUGGCACCGCUGAGCCUCCUCGCAGAUUAUUGCAUUCUGAUGAUGUGGGUGACGAGGGUCAUACUAAGACGUCUUUAAGUGGGUGCUUUGAAAAAAAUAAAAUAAAUCACAGUUACAUAAUGUAAAUUACAUUUUCAUGUGACUCUACAGGCCGCACAUGGCAUGAAAUCUACUAAUAUAUCUGUAUUAUAAUACUCCUGUCUCUACCUCCACACUGUAAGUCUCUCUGUACUCUUUUUAAUGUGUCACUUCUUGGGGGGACUCUUGUGAGUAACAUGACAGGGCAUUCUACAAUAUUGAGGGCCGGGUUUUUUUUCUUUGUGCAAUAAGAGCAAAUAAAAAAAAAACAACUUCUUUAUUUCCAUUUUUUCUUGAACAGGUUCAAAAUCAGCCUGUUCUUUGGGUCUAUGUUUACUGCUAAAUUAUUAUGUGAUAAUACAGAACAAAAAAAAGAUAAUAAAGAAAGGCUUGUGCUUAAAUAAAAUUUUAAAUUACUGAA